AGGAAAUGAGCUGAGCAAAAUCCUCGUCCCAUCAGAGCAGCUCAUUUAGUUGACAUGUUUUACAUGUAGCUUUCCUGUGCAUACUGUGUACACAUGCUCAAACAACUGAACUGAGCUUUUCCUGCCGGCAUUUGAGAAGAAGGGAAACAGACAUUAUGGGAGCAUCUUCCUCUGGCUUGUUGGAUGAGGCCAAAAUCACCCACAUCAAAGGGCUUGUUGAAAGCUCGUUCCAGAGCUUCGGCGUGUUUUACCGUCAGCAGUAUUGUGCAGCCUACUUCGGACACUUACACCAGGAAGUGGAGCCCAAGAAAGAGGGGAAGGGCCUAUUGCUCACACCUGGGCCUCAGUAUGCUCCGGAGGAAGUGCUGUACCAAGGGUGUGUAAAGUUCUCUUGCUGGGAUGAGCAGGGAAAGAAAUUCAGAGAGAGAUACAGCGUCCUGAGAAGAGACUACAAGGUGGAGAUACAUGAAAACACGGAGACUUUCAGCCGUGGAGGCGCAGCUAAGUUGGUCCUCCACACAGCAGGGGGCAGGGUUUUCACCACAGAGCAGGAGUCCAGAGCUCACCUGGAGCAAACCUGUGCUGGAAUACUCAAUGAAGCGAAGGAGGAUUCUUCUUCGGUGGUGUCGUCUCCAGAUACGUUUGCUGUGUAUCUGCACCUGCCUUACAUGGGCCACACCUGCUUCCUUUUCCAACAGAAAGAAGAACGAGAUCACUUCCUGUCUGCGCUCAAGACCUGCAUUAGACACUCCAACCUUGACCCCUGGUGUGAUUCAUCCUAUGAAAACCAGGCGUACGUCCAAGCCCUGCGACUCUACCGACAGGACAAAGGAUGCUAUGAAUCCUGGGAAAUGCUGCUGGGCACUGAGGAAGAAGUGCUGGCCUCCCAGGUGAUGGAGGAAGUGUUGCCAUGGUUACAGAGUCAGCUUCAGUCAAGAGUGAAGGGCAAGAAGACUGAAAGGAUACGGCAGUGGUUGGCAACAGUGCAGGCAACCUACACUCUGGUGCUGGAGCAGCUCACCACAACUCUGGAGGCUCUGAGGGAGGAGUGUCAUCAGGCAGCAUCAGCCAAUCAAGCACUAAUCAGAUCCAACCUGGACCAGAUAAUGUCCUCUCACUGCUUCCUGGAGAAGAAAGUCAGAGCAUGUAUUUGUGAGGAAGCUGAGAAAGUGUGCAGUGAGUCUGUGGCCCCCUACAUGUCAUCCAUCCUUGAAGCGCUCACAGGAAACAUAAGUGCAGGAAUUCAGGGGAUGCAACGCACCCUGCACACACAGAUGGACUCAGCCUUCACACACACAAAUGGAGAAACAGGGGACACAAAGAAGGCCUUGUCCACCCUGCGCUCCAUCAGGCUGGAUCAGUGCUACAAGCAGGUGGAGAACCUGACAGAGAAACUUGAAGGCUUGAAACAGCGGUUUGGAUUGAGCAGCACUCAGAGACUGAUUCACUCUGCACAUCUGGAGAUGGAGAAGCUGCUGGACAGUGCUGUGUACACCUUAGAGCUGUUCCUCCAAUCAUCAGCCAGACUGCAGCCUUCUCAGAUUCCUGUCAAGAUGGAAAGAGCUAAAGAAAGAGUCCUGAAGCAGCUGGACCAUGACAGCAGAGUAGUCCAGCGGAGGCUCUAUCAGGAGGCUUUACUGGAGAUCACUCUGCCUGCUCUCACCAGGAGGAUGGACAGCAAGUGGAAAACUGAGCUGCAGCAGUUCGAGCAGUACAUUUUCUCAGACUACAGCAGUUUUAUCCUGGUUCAUAAUGUCUAUGAAGAUGUACUGAGAAACAUCCUCAGCAAGGAGAUAGAGACAGCGGUCCAGGAUGCUGCCAGUAAGAAGAGCAACAAUCUCUUAUUGGACACGUCUGAUCUGAGCAUCAGUCAGUACAGUCUGCUGGGGCAGACGCCUCCUCGCUCUGCGCCAGGCAGCCCAGCCAUCCACGCCCGAGACUCCUCAGCAGCACCCAGUGAAGAAGCUGCUCUUGUGGUGGAGGAGGGAGGGCAGACAGCCACAGCUGACGUUGGCCUUCAGAGCGACCCAGACCUCAACGCUGAUGCCAAAUCUGACCCCAGUGCCACUCAAAGCUCUGACCAGAGCACCGUGCUUCUGUCUCCUGUGAUUAUCGUGUCACAAGAGUCCGAUGAAUCAUCGCCCGAGGAGCCUUCGUGUUUCGAGGAAACCCGAGAAGAAGUCCAGCUAGGGACUGAUGUACCGUCACCUACAGCAGAAUCUGAUGCAGGGCAUGAAGUUUGCACACCUAAAGCACCUGCUGACCCACCCCCUACUGAUCCCAACCCAGACUCUCCUGACCUGUCAGUGUCCACUCUGUCCUCACCGCAGGCCGCUGAUGUUCCAGCUGAAUGUGCUCAAAGCGAUCAACCUGCAGCGCCUGAAAACUCUGCGACACCUGACCUCUCAACCCCAGAUCAAGCAGCAUCAUCAUACCCACCGUGUACAGACAGCCCAAUGAAAAUCAGCCUCGGCUCACUAAGCGAGGCCAUUGGUUGCAACUCUACAGCACCUUCUGUAAUGCUGAUGACACAGCAGACAACUGACAGAGCUGUUUACUUGACGGGAGAAAUGAAGAAAAACUGGGAGGUGGAGAGGGUAAAGGAGAAGAAACAGACAGAGGCAGCAGAGGAGAAAGAGGCACAUGAGAAAAUCAAAGAGGGGAACGAGGAGACCGAGGCAGGAGAGAGGAAAGAAGAGCAGGGAGAGGGGGAGAGAGCUGAAGGGCAAACGGGAGGCGAAGCUCAAACGGGAGGCGAGCCUGUCGAUGAAGGAUGCCAGUCCUCUGAAUCUCCAGCAGAGAGCGCCACCGCCUUAACCAUCAGGCAGAGAGAGUGUGAAGACAAGGCGGAUGAGGAAAGGAAAGGCAGUGAGCUUGAGACUGAGAAAAGAACAGAGGAUGAGGAAAAAGCAGAGGAGAGAGAUCAUGAAGAAAAAGCAGGAGACAAAGAAAAAGAGGAGGAGGAGCUUCUGCAAAGCCCACAGUCACUGGAAUCACAGCCAGAGAGUGAUGCUGAGCUGCCAUUGGACAGCGUGGCUGUCAUCAGAGAACUAGUGACAGAGAUCACUGAAGUGGAGACAGAGAUCAGGCCCUGUCCCAACAGCAGCCAUGCACCCUGACAGACCUGUACCACCACAACUGACUGCUGUGCCUCUGAGCCAGACGUACUUUACUAAUACCUCCCUUACAGUCUCUUGUUCAAUGGUACCGAGAAAGAAGAGGGGCAGAGAGGAAGUCCAGAAAGAGGGUUUACCCAUUCCAUUAUUAAGGCAUCACUAUUUUAUAUAACUACAUUUUGAAAUAGAUAAACAUUUUUACAUUUUACAUUUGAAAUGCUACAGCUUCUUUUUAGUUCUGCUGCCUUUCUGCUCACACUGAAAUGGAUAAAAAGACAUAAAAAUGAUCUUAAAGCUGCAUUCAUUGAUUUUGUGACUAUUUUGGCUGGUAAUGACCUAUUAUCACAUUAUAAGUUGUUGGUAUGUUGACAUGGAUAAUGUCAAUGACCUGGCUCUUUAGCUGUGUUCACUGGUGAUGUCUGCCUGGUUGGUGCUAGGCGGGUAGUGCACAGUGGGUUUAUCACAAAUGAAAACAGCUGCCUGCUGGUGGUGACUGUGAACCACUGCAGCACAGCUGUGGACUGUAAAACCAAAACAAUGAGCUGAAAGAGGCUGAAAAGCUUCAAACAGCUGAGGAAGUAGUUCCUGCUGUGCUUUCGUGCUAAUCCGCUGAUCAACACUUAGUAAAACAGCCUGGAUGAAGCACUGUGCAGGGCAGGGGAGACCAAUGCAAGCUAGUAAACGUUGGUGAAAACAAUACAGCUUUCAGUAUUUAAAAAAAUCUAUUUUGGAAAUGUGUUAUGGCCAAUGUGGAUAAAUUUAAUGUUUUUAUGCCUUACUCUGUAAUUUACUGAAAAUCUAUCUCAUAUAAUCACCUCAUUUCAUUAAUAUAGUAGAAGACUGUCAAUAAACCAAACCAAACCAUAGAAAAUGCAUUCAAAGCAAAGGUGCAUACAAUACGUUCUGUUGUGAAACACCAAAGAUGUGAUUGUGAACACAGUAUGAUUUAAAAAAAAAAAGUCAUAUGUCAAAGGAAAUGUGGGAUUUUUUCUUGUUUUAUUAAAGAACCUGAGGAUGAAA